AUGGGUGUUGGGCAGAGUCGGGAGUUGCUUGGGAAGGUCAGUGAGGACCAUGUGUUUGUCUGCACCAAUCGUGAGGAGCUACUCGCACUUUUGUCGAAGAUGCAUCAGGCGCUUCCGGCGCCAACUGAGGCAGGUGACAUCGGCGUAGAUAACAUGAAACACGAAAGCCCGAGAGAAGCAGCAGCAGUAGAGCCGGCGGUGGAUGCCACAGAGGAGAAUGCAGCGCGCGUGCCUGUGGAGGAGGUCCGUGUGCCUAAUCACUACCUCGGCGACGACGGCCUUCUCGUGGCGCACCCCGGCGUAUUGCAGGUGCUCGCCGCCAGCCCCGCGCUGCGUUUUCUGGACGUCGCCUACAACGCCCUCACCGUCCGCACGGCGGAGGCACUCGUCGGCGGUUGCGGCACACCGCCGAAUUUGCAGUCGCUGAAUCUCGCCGGCAACCACAUGGGGCCUGCGGGGUGUGAAAAAAUUGCGAGCUUUUUGCUCACAAAUCCACCGCUGCGCGAGCUUUCGCUCUUCCACAACGGUCUCUACGAUAGUGACGUGGAGCCGAUACUCCGUGCGCUUGUCGAGCACAACACCCGGCUGCGACUACUCAACCUCGACUGCAACUUCCUCACUGGAGCGUUUCUGCGGGUGCUGCUUGAGGUGCUGCGGUCCAACACCUCGCUCGCCGUCGUUUUGUACGAUGGACCGUAUCACCCGGAGACGUUGGAGCCGAUGCGUCCGGCGGAGCCCGUGGAGUUGGUGCCUGACGAAGCGGGAGCCGCCGCCAACGCACGUGCCCUGCUGCGGAAAAAACUGUUGCGUGCGGAUCUCGCCGGCCGGCCGCCGUUUCCGGCCGACCUUGUGCAGGAGGUGGAGGCCAUACUUGCCCCACGGCGAGCAGAAUACGUGGCCGAGCUACGGACGGAUAGAGAAAUGGCAGCUGCUGCAGCAGAGGCUGCAGAAGCCGCUGCCGCUGCCGCUGCAGCCGCCGCCGCCGCCGCCGCCCGCUGCUGUGAGGACGCCGCAUGUUCGAUAGCAGACCUUCAAUUAUCCACUGCGGAUGGGGAGGGGGUGUGUACUGGCAUGGAGCAAGUAAAGCUCCAGGCACCCGCUGACGGAGACGAGGAAACGGGUGGGACACGUACGAGGGACAACAGUACAUUGGUCUCCUUCCAGUCGCGCACGGCAUUC